AUGAGCGGCCGGACCCGCCGAGUGCCUUAUGGCCAGCAGACUAUUACCACGAGGGACAUCGAGAUGCAGAGAUUCGACCAAUCCAGAGUCGCAAGAACCAGUACCGGAGAUGAUCCCCACACGGCAACCCUGCAAUGUUGGUUUGGGCUUUUGAAAGAGCAGUUUCUCGGCCGGCGGAAGCCCGAGCCGGCAGCCGAGUGUUGGCAGCUGUUCGCCGACCUGUACUCUUACAUACAGGUGUCAAAAGACGAGAGCGCAAGCAUCAAGGAGAUCUGGAAGACCUUUUGCCCGCCGACCCCUAUUUCCCAGUCGCCAUCGCCAUCCCCAGGAGAGGGCGGGGGGCCGUCGAUAUCCUCCAAGGCUUAUGAUCCCUGCUUCAUCACUGUUUUCUCGAUCCUCUUGAGAGUCAAGGGUUGUCGGUGCCGGUCCUCGAGGGGCUCGUUCGAGAGUUGUACAGUAGCAGCGGAAGUGGCAGUACUGGUGCCGAAGAUCGGGAGCCUCAUAGCUGCAUUGAGCAGACUGCGCGACGAGGGACGAGCCGACGAGUACGACGAGCUACUCAAUCUAGUGUGUGCCCAUCCGUACGACCGCAAAGUCCGCGCACUGCCUGCGUCACUUUGGCCAGUGACGUGCCGCGACCUCGAGGGGCAUGUGCAGGAGCAGGGCUCCUACAGCUCCCAGGGCGACUUUCCCUUUCUUGGUCAGCGAUUGGCCAAGCUCCAGGAGUUCACUCACCGCCAGCAGCCGAGCGAGCUGUGGGAUCUUCGGCGUGAUCGGAGAAACCUGCUGCAGUGGUAUACCUUCUGGGCCGUCAUGGUUUAUCUCGCUCGCGAUGAAUUGUAUACAGUAGACAAGCCUUACUCGGCCGAGUUUGACAUUGAGGAGAUCGACGGGGUGCAGAAGACGAACUUCAUUAUCAUCACGGAGCCGGUAACAAUACGCCCAAUUCGACAGUCAGGCAGCUUUGACCUCGGCCGAAAUGGCUUCUGCAUCAUUCGUGAAGGGACCAACAUCAAUGUGGUCUGUGCGAUAAGCAACCCCGGCGCUGUGGAAGCGUCUUACCUGACUGAACUUGAGACCAUUCUCUCUCGCUGGUUCUACUAG